AUGGUGGAAAAUUGCAUGAUGGAUCAUUUUAUCGGAGAAAACCCCAAUUUAUGGGGAGUUAUUCUGGAUGGACCAACUAUACCUAUGAAAACUAGAACUGAUGGAGUCACCAAGAUCCCAAAAGAAAGGAAGGAAUGGGACGUUGCAGACAAACUAGCUGUCCAUAACAAUGCCAAGGCCAAGAAAAUCUUGAUAUGCGGUAUAGGUCCAGAUGAAUGCAAUCGAAUUUCAUCAUGUCAGGAUGCUAAAGCUAUAUGGGAAACAUUACAAACUGCUCACGAGGGAACAACGCAAGUAAAAAAGUCUAAAAUCGAUAACCUAAACAGGCAAUAUGAAUUGUUUCGAAUGGCAGAGGGUGAAACCAUACAAUAG